CGCGCUGGGCCGCCCCGGAAGGUAUUGUGCCACUUCCGGGUGGUUGUCAGUGACGCUCUGCAGCCGUCGUCAGGGUGGUCUGAGCUGGUGGCCGCGGGCCUCCAGCGCCAGAGGUGUGAGACUGUUCCUCAAAAUGGAUUGGGGAGAUGAAUACUCCCACAGUUCUUUUGACCUACAUUCCUUAUUAAAUUCAUUUCCUGGAAACUUGGAGUUUAAGCAGAUCUUCAGUGACAUUGAUGAAAAGAUAGAACAAAAUAUGGCAAGCAUAGAACAUUGCAUUAAAGAAAUACAGUUUGAAGUUAACAAACAAUAUCCAGAUGUGCAGCUACAAACAACAAGUGACUGCUUCGUAUGGUUAAAUAACUAUGACUAUAUUUCAUCAAGGUCACCUUCUGUUUCCCAUGGAGAUUUGAAAAAAUUCCUCAAAGCACUGCAAGAUGUGCUGAAGAAUGACCACAAUCAAGAAGAAAUGAUACUGGAUUUCCUUUGGGACCUAUCCAUCAAGAGCAAAAUUCCAUUCCCAUCAACUUUAAGUGAAGCAUCUUUCCAUUUCCUCUCUAGGACUUCUCUUCAUUCGGUUGAAGAUCAUGCCUCUGUGGAUGUAAUGUCUAUAUGGGAUGAUAUAAGAUUACAUCUUCGACGCUUCUUAGUGAACAAAUUACAAAGCCAUAAUGAAAUAAGUAAUUCACAGCAAAAAAUUUUGUUGAAAAAUCAAUGCGUGCAACAACUCUUAUUUCUUUAUCCAGAAUCGGAAGUUAUAAUCAAGUAUCAGAACAUACAAAAUAAGCUGUUAGCUAAACAUCUACAGAACUGUUUUCCUCCUUGUAACAGAGAAUCCGAUUUAGACAUAAUGGAUUAUGAAUACCAAAAUACAAUGCUUAAGUUAUAUUCAAUGAUUAAAGAGGAUUUUGACAUACUGGGUGGAAUUUUAGCUCCAUCAUCAACAGUAAAACUCAUUAAAGAAACUUACCUGGAUACUGUUUCAGAAGAAAUGGCCAAAUUUAUAGCAAAUUUUUGUGAAGUUCAGUCCAGAGAAACUACUGUCCACACGAUUAAAACAAACAAGAGCUCCAGCAGACAUAGAGGAACAGUGCAUGCUUUGGUUGCUCCUGAAUGCCCACAGAAAGGAAGAAAUAUCUUUCUCUCUUUAGAUGUACUAAAAUUCUUAUCACAGCUAAUACAAUGCCUUUUGAGGAUGGAAAAAAAUGUGCAAGAAUUAUUUAAGGAAAUGCUUUUUUCACUCAAGACACCUAAGAAUUCCUCAGGAAUUUUGGAGACAUCCAAUACAGAAACUGAAAUAGGGAAGUCUAGGACAAAUGAAACUAUUAUUCUUUCAGAGCAGUUGCUACCAGUAAAAGAGGCUACUUUACUAGAUUUUGGCUGGAGAAGUGCAUUUAAAGAGGUGUCACUUCCCAUAGCACAUUGUAUAGCAAUAACAACUGAAGAUUUUUCCACAAAAAUCCUCCAAGAAGAACAAAAUGCAAGAUCAUCAGCUGUAAGCUAUAUUAUGAAGUUUGUAGAUGUUCAGCAAGUUUGGCAAGAUAGUCACAUGUAUCCUGAAGAGGAUGAACCAAAGAAAAUUGCAAAGUUUUGUUCUGACAUCAUGGAAAAACUUGACACAAUGCUUCCACUGGCUCUGGCCUGCAGAGAUGAUUCUUUUCAGGAAAUCCAAGCCAACUUUGUGGAGGUCUGUUUUAAAGUGGCAACAGCUGUCUUGGCAAGACUGCAGGAGAGAGGCAAGGAAGUACCUUCUAAAAUAUCCCUGAAAAACUUGCACAUACUACUCUCUACAGCGGUGUAUAUGUACCAGCAUUUUAUGCAAUAUGAUAAUCAGAUGAGAGAAGCUGCUAAAAAACCCAUAUUCCUGGUGCUUGUCCAAAGAUAUCGGGAAUUCAUCAGCACUCUACAGUUUCAGAUUACGGACUACUGCGUCAGAGUUUGUGCUACAAGCAUUUUACAGGAUGCUGAGAGCCACCACUGGGAUGACUACAAAGCUUUUUAUGAGGGGGAAAGAUGUUCCUUUUCACUCCAGACAUGGCAUUAUUUCCUCUGGACUCUUCGUCAUGAUCUGUGGGCCAUCCUGCCCCCUAAGUUAGCCCAGGAGAUUCUGGCAAAAGUGCUGGAGAGAUGUUUGAGUUUCUUGGUCUCCAGAUAUGCUUGGUCGCAUCCCACUUAUAAGAGAACUCCACAGAUAAGACUUGAUGUCACGACAAUUUUAAUAUGCACUGAGAGCAUGCUAUGGUCAGUGUGUACAUCUGUACAAAAACUGCUGAGUCCUCAUGAGUACAUAGAUGAUACAGUUUUUAAAAUUCAUACCCACUGCAAUAAUCUGUUUACAACACUAGUCAUUUUGACUUCACCAUUAACCGAAUUAUAUCAGACUUUUCAGCAUGGAAUGAAUGAUUCUGCUUCCGAGUCCUUAAGUCCUUCAUUUAAGCAACCAUUGCACUGGCUUUACUGCAUAUCACAUUUCUAUCCUUCUUUACUCAGGACUCCAUCAGCUGGACAACUGACACCUGAGGGUCAACUGAAAUUGCUCUUAGCCCAGCCAGGUUGUAAUUGGAAUCUGUUUCUGGAAACUCUACUGAAACAUGACGCUCUUAUAUUAAGAAUCUUGCUGAAGAGCUCAAAGUGUACCUGUCAGGAAGAAGGUUCUGUUACAGAAAAUAUUCAGAAUCAUAGAUCCAGCUUGAUAGAGGCCAUCUUUAAAGUGCUUUACCACUGCAAUUUUUCUCCACAAUUAUUCGGAAAUGUUUUUGUCAGCUACAUGGAAGAAGAACAAUUAUGGGAGAGCUUAUAUAACCUUUCAGCUUCAAAAUGUAUGGAGUCAGAGCUGGAAGUCAUCCGAUGCUUGAGACUGGCACUCACUGAUGCUGCCAAGGACAUCAUACAGCAGAUAAUAUUUCUAGUGGACUUCAGAAGAAAUUGUGAAACAAAUCUAAACAAACAUAGCAUUCCUGAGCAUUUAUAUGAAAGCAUCCCAAAAGAGUGGAAUUAUACUCCAAAAGAAACCAAAAGGAAAGAAUCAAGCCAAGGCUUCACAAGGCUUGCUGCUCAGGCAGUAUCUAUUGUAAUCAGCAAGUUACCUACGGUGAUUGCAUGUUUGCCUCCCUCAAUUAAAUACUUCUUUUUUCUGUCUGAGAGAAAAAUGUCAAAAAACUUUGUUGAAUUGAAGAAAGCUGGCCUGCUUGUCUGGAACUUGAUUGUAAUUAUAUGUCGGAUAUUUGAGGAUGGAAACACUGUGGAACUUUUAACAGGUGCCUCCCUUGACAGAUGGAGUAAAGAGAAACUCGGUUUAAUCUGUGUGUGUUUGGAAAGCAUCAUGGGAGAGCAGACAAGUAGCCCUAAUCAAAUGACCCAGAAGGUCAUACAGAGCAUUGAACAGCAAAAGCCCCACUGGAUUGAAUGCCAAUUGUUGAAAGCAAGGAAAUUGAGCUCAGAAUGUGCCUUCAUGACGAAAGAAAAAAGUGCGGCCUCAGAAGAAAGAGAUACUGCUCUUGAACUGACUGAGCAGAAAAUAAACAUGAUGGUCCUGGAUAUCUGCCACAAACCAGGUGGCAGCGAGUACCUGAGGCAAAUUUAUCACAUCAUGCGGCUCAAUGAGGAAUAUUUAAAAGAACAGCUGUUUUCUAUGAAUGAUUCAGAGGAAAAGCCAUUAUCCAUCCGACCUUUGAAUGUGGCCUUGAUGAGUGUGCAAGAUCAACCUUCUGCCUUUAACCCUUUCCAUGUGUAUAAAGUGUUUAGUGAAAACAUGCUUGAUCAGUCAGCCAUCACUAAAUGGAACUGGAAUUGGUCAAACUUGCUGCCAAAUUAUCUGGGACUAGAUAAGUUGACCUUCAGUACCCUGCUCAGAAACAGGUGGGAAACAAAGAAGGAUGAAAGACUAGAAGAAGAAGAAAAAGCAAUGCUGGAACAUUUGAAACAAGUUUGCACCAUCCAGACCCAUUCUGCUUCAGAUAACACAAAGGAACCAUAAUCUCCAGAAAACAGCAAUAGCUUUAUUUUAAGAAAUAAUUACAUGCAAUGGCAUAGUAUUUUUACUAUAGUCAGAAUGAAACUCAGGUGUGCUAUGAAGCAUGAAACCAAUGACUGAGUAAUCUCUGAACUGAAAAAAGAAUGUAGUAAUAGAGAAUAAAGUACCGUAUAUUUUAUCCUAAAAAUAA